GUAAUUUUACUGAAAGUCAGGAAUUAUCUGGAUUUUUGUGAUUUUUAUGUGUGUUCCUAAUCGGUUUUAAUCUUCGUACAGCGCGAAACUGACACAUGUGACAGCACAUAUGUGUGUGUUUCCUGUCUUUGCGUUUUUAGCGACACAGAAUUCCUUGUCUUCAAAUUUUAGUGAAAGAAAAAAAAGAACGGCUAAAAACUACGGAAUUUCGGAAAACAUGGAGACAAGCAGGGAAGGACCCGACUGAGCCAAUGUUUCCAAAUAAAUAAUUCCAGAAACGAGGGGGAGGAAAAUAUGCGUAGCACGUUCGUCAAGUUGGGAUUUUAUUCCAUCGUGACUUUGAAACAAAGCCUUUUUUAACAGAAUUCCUGAAUUGAGAACUACAUCGCUGUCCCUCGCGCAAACAUCAAAGGAUUUUAAAGUUUAACGGAAAAUGUGGGAUUUUUGGAAGUUGGACUAGUCAGGGACGGAAUUACAAUGAAAGACUGGACCGUGUGAAUGUUUUAAUCAAUUCUUGGAGUGAAUUUACACAGAUUGAAGUGGCCAGAUACAUUCCUCUGGGGUGGAAAAGUCAAUUCAGAGUGUUUAAGGGGCCUAAAAAUGAUGUAUAUUUAGUUAACCGACUUACUUUAGUGUUACUAUACAAAUUGAGUUGGUGGGACAGUCUGUACUGCAAACUGACGUGUUUCUUACAGUACUGAGAAUUCCGCGUAUGGGAAUAGGUUCCGUUUUGGAAUGCCGGAGUAUUUCAGUGUGGGGAAAUGAUAGAAACCCGUCGAGAGACGUACAAAGUAACAUUUGGUACGGUAACAUUUCCGCUGAGUGACUGAAGACCAUUUCGACAAUCUGUUUAAUUGAACUGAAAAGGCAAAAUAUUAACAGCAGAUUGUUUCGCUGUCUUUACUUCCAGCCUCGGUUGGGAUCACAAAGGCGACUGUAUCCACACAGGCGAGGGGGAAGCCUGUCGGUCUGUGUGGAGACUGGGAAAAUGAUGAAACUUCUCUCUCUCUAGGCUACUGACAGAGUUUUCUCCAUUGAUCAUCUAUGUGCAAUACGAGUGUGCAUUCAGACUAAAGACUGCUGAAUGUGUGUUUGAGUUUAGCAUCGAUUUCCUUUGCGUUUGUGCUCUCACUGAAGGGCCACAGUGAACUACUACAACCAAGACAGACAAUCCAUGGGAAUAUAACACAUAAACUUGUGCUUUUAUUCGAGAGGAGAAGACAUUCCUGCACAAAUACAGACGAACUGUCCGGUUGUUGUUGUUGUUGUUUAUUGUUUCUUCUUUCAAACGCAAAGGUGUUUUACCAUGGUAAAAUGCUGAUUGGAUAAGAGCUGAAGAAAAUCAAGAAAGGAAAGCCCAAUGAGCGGCACACAGUCCACGCUUGCUGAGAGGUUUCCCAAAAAAGCGAGCAGGACAGGAAGUAUUCUCAGCAAGGACCAUCCCCCAGACAAGAAGCCCAAGAGCGACAAGGCAUCAGUCCCCACCUCGCAUGAGUUUGACCCCACAGAUCUGACUGUUCAAAGUGUAGUAGCUGACGGAAGGCCAGAGUCAUGUGGGCUUGUGCAGCGUUGUGUUAUCAUCCAGAAAGAUGAGAAUGGCUUUGGGCUGACAGUGAGUGGAGAUAACCCUGUGUUUGUUCAGCUAGUAAAAGAGGAUGGAGCUGCCAUGCGAGCUGGUGUUCAGACAGGCGACCGGAUCAUAAAGGUCAAUGGGACAUUAGUAACGCAUUCAAAUCAUGUAGAAGUCGUAAAGCUAAUAAAAUCGGGUUCCUAUGUAGCCUUGACCGUGUUGGGGAGACCACCGGGACUGCCUCAGAUCCCCCUGUCAGACGGUGAGGGUGAAGAGGGGCCUCUUUCCUUGCUCACCUCCCCUCAUUCCCCUGGACCCAUCGUUCCAGACCGGUCCUCUUCCUCGCCCAGCCCCUCAGAGCGCAAACCAGCCCCUCUGUCUGUAUGGGCCAUGACGGAGGAGUACGGCAGGAACCCCACUCCUAAACUACUGAAGGAAAUCCAGGAAGCCAAAAAGCACAUUCCACAGCUCCAGGAGCAGCUGAGUAAGCCCAUGGGGACUGGACAGGAUGGCUCCUUAUCUCCAAGGCCAAGUGAAGGAGAGCUAGAGGAUGGACGGGGGGACUCGGAUCAGCCCCCUUCCUGGCAGGGCGAUGCUGGAACAGAGCUGUCAUGGACCGACAACACAACAAGCCCUGUUACUCCUAGUCUUGUCCCAGAGAGCCCAUGCCAAAGAGAGACCCCCUGCCACAGCCCAAAGACCACACCUCGAGACAGCCUCAACUCCUGCCCUUCACCGGAUGCUGAAGACACGCCUGACCUAGAGUCUCAGUCAAGUGUGGGGAGCCCCUCCACUCGUGUGGUCCCAAGUAUCAUUGGUGCUGAGGAUGAUGACUUUGACACAGAGCAGGAACAGAUGAAUGGCCAGUGUAGCUGUUUUCAGAAUAUAGACCUCCUGAAGUCUCGGCCUGCUCACCUGGCAGCUUUCGUCCAUCAUGUGGUCUCUCAGUUUGACCCUGCGCCGCUGCUGUGCUACCUCUAUGCUGAACUCUACAAGCAGACCAGCUCCAAAGAGACACGGCGAAUCCUCAUGGAUACCUUCUUCAUAGACAAAACAGCUAGUUUGAAAGUGACAGUGCCUGAAUCUAUCAUAGCUGACCUGGAGCGGACUGCACACUCGGUUAACGCCGAAAGGAGGAGGCCCGAGCCUAUCUCAGAGGACACCCACAGACAGUACGUUCAGCAGCUGCAGGACACACUUCUACCUGACAUCCAGAAAAACCUAGAGGACUUUAGGCAUAAGCGCAGUAUGGGUCUGACACUUGCAGAGGCGGAGCUGACCCGUCUAGACACUGAGAGAAUGAAAGACCGUGUGGCUCUAGAGAAAGAGCGGUCCUGCGCAGAGCACAUCAUCUCCAAGAUAGAGGACGUAUUGUUGACGUCACAGGCCACAGAGGAAGAUAAGUGUAGCACCAUGCAGUUUGUGAUACUGUCAUAUAUGAAGCAGUUGGGUGUAAAAGUGAAGGAGUCUCGAGGGCUGGAUCACAAGCCCAAACUAAUGAACCUUUUCCCUAAAAUAAAGAAGAGUAUAAAACCUGAGAAAGAUGGAAGCGAGGAGAAAUCCAAGAAACCAAGAUUUUCUAGUGUCUUCCCUCCAAGGCGGCCGAGCAGGAUUGAUGCUUCAUCACUCAGCAAGGCUCUGGAGCCAAAACAGCGCUCGCAGAAGCCUCAGCUGCCAUUGGGCGCUGGGGAGCAGGCAGACGGGUCAUCUCCUUCGGUACGGGGCAGUCAGUCCAGUGAGGGCUCAGAUGGCACCGCUGCUCUGGUCACGUCACCUCCUCACAGUGCACCAGCAACACAGAGCACAGACAGCAUCAGCCGAGACUCUGACACUGGUGGAGUUCCCUUUUCAGCAUUGCCCAGACUGGGAGACGGUGCUGUCUCAGGAGACCCGCAGGACACAUCUUCUUCAAACACUCACUUUGACUUCAGCCCCUGUAUCCUGGAACAUCUGCAGGAGGAGGAGCCUGAGACGGAAAAGACACAGGACACAGGGACCCCCAGGCCUGACCGGAGCAGAAUGGAGCCGCUGGGCUCUGGAGAUGUUCAGAGUGAAGAUGAUCAGGUAGCUGAGGUGGAGCUGGAGCAUCCUCACUGGCAGACGCUGGUGAGCAGAGAUGUGUUGGCCACACUCACCCCUCAGGAAAUCAAGAGACAGGAAGUCAUCAAUGAGUUAUUCUACACUGAGAGAGCACAUGUGAGGAUGCUGAGGGUUCUGGAUAGUGUGUUUCACCAGCCGCUGAGCAGAGAGACCAUCCUGCCUCCUGCAGACAUCAAAAACAUCUUCACCAACCUCGAUGAGAUCCUUCAGCUGCACAUAUCCUUAAUGGAACAAAUGACAGCAGUUCGGAAAAAGACUGAGACGGUGGUCAUUGACUCAAUAGGAGACGAUCUGCUGUCCUGGUUCAGUGGGGAAGAGGAAGAGAAGGUCAAGAGAGCAGCGGGCACAUACUGCAGUAAUCAGCCUUUUGCCCUGGAACUCAUCAAGAGCAAACAGAAGAAAGACCAGCGCUUCAACUCCUUCAUACAGGAAGCGGAGAGUAACCGGAAUUGCCGCAGGCUGCAGUUGAAAGAUAUUAUUCCUGUGGAGACGCAGAGACUCACAAAGUAUCCUCUUCUGCUGGAGAACAUCGCCAAAUACACAGAGAACCCAGAGGAGAGAAGUAAAGUGAAACAGGCUGGUGAGUGCUGCAGAAAGAUUCUCACUCACGUCAACCAGGAGGUGAAAGAAGCUGAGAACAAACAGAGGUUAGAGGACUACCAGAGACGACUGGACCUGUCCUCACUGAAGCAGAGCGAGAAUCCUAUGAUCGCUGAGUUUAAGAACUUGGACUUGACUAAGAGGAAAAUGGUGCAUGAAGGACCCCUAUCCUGGAAAGUCAACAAAGACAAAACAAUUGAGCUGUAUACACUGCUGCUGGAGGAUAUCUUGGUGCUACUUCAGCGGCAGGAUGAGAAGUUGAUCUUAAAAUGCCACAGUAAGAAUCUGGCUGGAACUGCUGAGACCAAACACAUCUUCAGCCCCAUCAUCAAACUCAGCACAGUGAUGGUGCGCUCGGUCGCCACUGACAACAGGUCAUUCUUUGUGAUCUCAAUGUCUGAUAACGGAGCCCAGAUCUACGAGCUAAUGGCACAGACUGUAUCUGAGCAGAGGACGUGGCAGUGUCUUAUCACACAAAGAGCAGACUGCAUGCAGACCAAACUACAAAACAUCAUUCCAUUACCUCAGACGGAUGGGGAACGUGAAGAGGUUGAGUUGAUGAACUCUGGUGUUCAGAAACUUAAAGACUCUGAGCCCAUUUCCUUAGGGAGCAUUCAAACUCCAGAAAAAGAUGGCACCGAGGUCAUGCAAACCCCACCAGUUAGCACCAAUCCGUUUGAGACCAAAUCAGAUGAGGAAGAGGAAGAAGAAGAAAGCUCACUACAGGAUCAAGGUGAAGAUGAUGAAGCAUUCGUAGUGGCUGAUCUGACUGAGAGACUGACAUUCCUGAAGCAGCGUUCGAGACUGGGCAUCGCCAUAGAUGAGGACGAGGCCGAAGCCUUUGAGCUCCAGCCACUCAGAGCGGAUGAAGCUCUUAGAACAUUGGCAGCACUGAGACAGCUGCUGAUCAACCACAUGUCCUCUCAGGAGGACACAGACAGAGACACUGAAAGAGCAGAGCAGCAUAUGCAGAGGACAGACUCUCAGCAGGGGACACAGGACAACGCUGUAAAUGCAUCCUCGGUUGAGAACGGCUCUGAAAGGACAGACAGAGGCGAGACCAGAGUAGAGAACACACAGGAACUGCCCUCUGGAGACACCGGCUUCUUUGAGACGCCUGAGGAUUGUGCAGGCAGUUUUAUGGUGCUGGAGGUGUACGGAGGCUCUGGUGAGAGUAGCACAGAUGAUGAUGUACAUGGCAGCAGUGGGGAACCAGUGGCUGGUGGAGACUCAGGCAUUGACUUGAAGAAGCUCCUCUCUUCCUCGUCCCAGAGCAGUGGAGGACCAAACCUCAACAGACAAAUUAUGACUUACAUACGUCUACUACAGGCCAACCUGCUGCACCUGAAGGAUAUAGAAAUCAAGUAUAACCAACUACACCAAAGGCUAUCAGAGGAAACGGCUACUGACACAGAGGAAAACAAAGAUAAAAGUUAGUGAAGUGGGGCUCUCUCUCUCUCAUCUGUUAAUUGAGACCGGAGGAGACACACAGACACUGAAAGUGCUGUUCCACAGCCCUGCUCCAGCAAAGUCCUCAUACAACGCUAAUGCUGUACACCAGCCAUGCACAAAGACAGAGAUUGAAUGGACAGGAGAUCUGGAGUUUCUAUUUGCACACUCGCAACACAGGAUGGCUCAAAUCAGCAGAGAAAAUCAUGGUACUCCGACAGCGAUUGCCAUUUAAGGAAAAGUCAUCGCCUCUCACCCAACCAUAUGCAUCAUUCCUUCAGAAAGCCCCCUUGCAACCCAAACCAGAAUUUUCUUGAAGGUUGUAAGGAAGGAAAACCACAAGAUGAUAAAGAGCAUAAACCUCUGCUUCCCCAAGAUUUCCCUCAAUAUUAGCCAAUGAAAAUACAGCAUGUAUUGUGUCACAUGAUAUCUUUUAUUGAGGUAUCUUCGCAGAUCUUUGACCUAACCUUGUCUCAAGUGAAUUCAAAGCCAUCCACAAAGCACGUAUGCUUCAUAAGGAUGGCAGAGUAGUUCGAUUUUUACACAAACUGAGUGCCAAACAUCUAUUUGUAUGUAUGCGGUAUGUGCGAUGUAAAGGUUUAGAUAACAUUAACUGUGAGUGGUGUCGAAAAUCUCCGAUCAAAGCACAAUAGUUUAUGUGCAGAGAAUUCUAUCUUAAUCAUGAGCUUUCUUAAAAUCAGACGUCUCUUUGGGGAGAAUCAAGAGGAUUGGCUGUUGCUUUUGCCAUGAUGCUGAGUAAAAUGCUCUCUGGCAAUGAAGGCACGUAAAAUCCAAACUCUGCGUUACUCUAGUAUUGUGACAUCAUAAUGAGUCUGAGGAUCAGCUGAGGACUGUUGUGCUCCUCAUUCUUCCUCUCUUUAUAAACCACAUUCUAUUAAAUAAAGCUACUGAAAGAGUUUUCUCUGGCUUAAGGCUGUGAGAAAACCGGACCUUUCCUAAUGUCAUCUGGUUGAGCUCUGCCCGACCUGUCUUAUGGAUUUCCUUGGUUUUGAGAAUGAAGUUAAAUAGAAGCUUCGGUGCAGGAACUUGAUAAAGACUCUUGAUGGUCUGUUUUAAAUGUAAUGUAUUGUACAAUUAUGACCAACACUGCAUCUCUUACAGAGACCCGAUUUUUUUGUUUUGUCUUUCUUUUGCUUUCUAAAGCAUUGUCAUGUAUUAUUUUAACAGAAACUACUAAAAAAAAGAAAAAGAGACUGCAAGGUAUUCUUUAAUAUUGAUGUAAUCUGUAUUUUUAUUAUCUGUCUAGACGUUUGAGCUAUUUUAUUAUAUUAUGGAGCAUCAUUAAUAUGGUCUUGGCUUUCUGUUGAGAACAUGAAUAGCUCUAAAUAGAUGAGAUUUUAUGAAAUUUUGGCUGAACUGAUGUAUUGUUCAAGGUGGAAAGAUAUUGCACAUUGUGUCUUCAUUUUAUCACAUUUAUCUUUGAGCUGGGAGGAUAUCUUGUUUUGGAUUUAUGGCCAAAAAAGAAAAUACACAACUCCAUCUGUAGCAAAUUUAUUCAAUAAACUGGAAACACAGUGUAUUUCA